GAUGGUAGUAGUAUCCACCUGAAUUUUGGCGCUGUUAAGUAUCCGCAUCCAGCGGGAACUCUCCAAGCCUCAGACACCACCAGAAAUGCCGCGAUGAUGACGGCAUUGCGCACAACAACUCUGUAGCAUUUGGAAAACUCAACGUCUGCAUUCCUCUGUUUACGGCAGGCAAGAGUUCGCCCAGUGUCCCUCGGCUUUGAACGAACCCCUUCGAGCGAAUCAUGCGCCGCUGAGCGCCCGUCACGCAACUCGGCCGCCAUGAUGAUGUCCGGAACGAUUCGAAGGACGUUGCUGUCUCGCGCUCUGGAAAGCCCUGUUGCUCCUAUCAGAAUAUCCUGCUCUCUAAUCGUCUCGCCUGCGUUGUUCAGACCGGAGCUUUCCACGCGGUCGAUCUAUUCGUCAUCGACUCCUGCACGCAGCUUCGCAGUGGGCAUUUUCACCCCACGAACGAGAUACACGUCGGGCUCCGCGAUAUGGCGCGUCAGUGCAGCUUCUCGCGCGUUCUCGAACGCCCCGGAGCGGAAGCAAGAGCUUCAGCGCAAGGUAGAGGAGCAGUCCCAACGAAAAGCUGAAGAGGAGGUGGAGGAGGAGUUCGAUUUCCAGAAGAGCGAAAAAGCGAGCAAGGCGGCGCAGGUCAAUCUGCGCGCCAAGCUGUCAAGAGAAGGCAAGGGGCAAAGCAAGGCAGGACUCGGCGAGAUCUGGCGCCUGAUCAAGGUUGCCAAGCCAGAGAUUCGAUGGUUGGGGAUCGCCUUUGUUUUCCUGGUCAUCUCGUCCAGCGUGACCAUGUCUAUCCCUUUCUCUGUCGGUCGCAUCCUGGACAUCUCUACCAAGAGUGACGUGGAAGACAUUCGUCUCUUCGGUUUGACCCUGAAUCAGUUCUUCUUUGGUCUCGGCUCGAUCUUGACUUUGGGCGCCAUGGCUAACUACGGGCGUGUCGUGCUGCUGCGCAUCGUGGGCGAGCGCGUCGUUGCGAGGCUUCGCUCGCAGCUCUACAGAAGGACCUACGUACAAGAUGCCGAGUUCUUCGACGCCAACCGUGUCGGAGACCUCAUCUCGCGACUGAGCUCCGACACCGUCAUUGUGGGCAAAUCCGUUACGCAGAACCUCAGCGACGGUCUGCGCGCCCUGUUCAGCGGCGGCGCCGGCUUUGCCAUCAUGGUCUGGACGAGCCCGAAACUGACGGGCCUCCUGCUGCUCAUGUUCCCGCCUGUUGCGAUUGGUGCAUUCUUCUACGGAAGGGCCAUCCGAAACAUCAGCCGCUCUAUUCAGAAGAACUUGGGUACGCUCACCAAGAUUGCCGAGGAGCGACUGGGUAACAUCAAGACGAGCCAGGCUUUCGUGGGAGAACGACAAGAGAUCGGUCGCUACAACCACCAGAUUCGCAAAAUCUUUGCGCUCGGUCGCCGCGAGUCCCUCGUAGCGGCCACCUUCUUCGCCACCACUGGUUGGGCGGGUAACAUGACGAUUCUAGCGAUGCUCGUGGUUGGAGGCAGUUUCGUCCGGUCUGGCAGCAUGUCACUCGGCGAUCUGACCUCCUUCAUGAUGUACACGGCCUUUGCGGGAUCGAGUUUGUUUGGACUGUCCGGCUUCUACUCCGAGUUGAUGAAGGGUGUGGGCGCCGCCAGCCGCCUGUUCGAGCUGCAAGACCGGAGACCAGGGAUUCCUCAGACCAUAGGCGUACCUGUCAAGUCUGCGCAAGGCCCGAUCAAGUUCUCGAAUGUUUCCUUUGCGUACCCAACGCGCCCUGCCGUCAAUAUUUUCAAUGGCCUGGACUUUGAGAUCCCCUCGGGCAGCAAUGUCUGCGUGGUCGGCCCAUCGGGCGGUGGCAAAUCGACCGUCGCGUCGCUUCUCUUGCGGUUCUACAACCCGACAUCUGGUGCGAUUACUAUCAACGGCGUGGACAUUGCAACCAUGAAUGUCAAGUCCCUUCGAAGGAGGAUCGGAAUGGUCUCUCAGGAGCCCGUUCUCUUUUCGGGCACGAUUGCCGAGAACAUCAGCUACGGUAAGCCCGAAGCGAGCCGCUCGGAGAUCGUAGCGGCCGCGAGGAGGGCGAACUGCAACUUUAUUAGUGAUCUUCCCGAUGGCCUGGAGACUCAGGUCGGCGCCAGGGGCUCCCAGCUGUCUGGUGGGCAGAAGCAGCGCAUUGCUAUCGCGCGCGCCCUGUUGAAGGAUCCGGAUAUCCUUAUUCUGGACGAGGCCACAUCGGCACUCGACGCUGAAUCGGAGACCCUCGUCAACGAAGCCCUCGCUCGCCUACUCCGCGGGCAUAACACCACCAUCUCCAUCGCGCAUCGCCUCUCCACCAUCAAGAGAUCUGACCAGAUCAUCGUCCUCAACAGCGAGGGCACUGUCGCCGAGAUUGGCAACUACUCCCAGCUCGCCGCCGAUCCCAAGAGCGCCUUUAGCAAGCUGAUGGAGUGGCAGAUGAGCGGAGGCGACAUUCCCGAGCCGAGAAACAGCGACUCAUCAAAAUCGCAUAUCACGGAGGCCGAGGAGAUGGAGAUCGAGGAAGAGGCACAAGAGGCGCUCGAAGAAGAGGAGGCUUCCGAAAAGGAAGGAGUCAAAGAGGAGACUCGGCGAUGAUCAAUUCGCAUCCUCACGAAAAUCUCUUGAUAUCCAGAGCGCACAGCUCGAGGCGUUGGUCUGUGUCAAUGUAUAUUAGGUAUGGCAUGCUCAAGCAUAGAAAUACACAUUUACCCAUGUAACGCCCGGUGUACCAUCCUCCACCUACGGGGUUGUCUGAUGCCGAACGUGUGAUACUGGAUGCAGCGUGGGUGAGAGGCAUGAGCUACAGCAAUGAUCUCAAUGCGUAUCGAUCAAUGCUUAUACUAGUGUCCCUUUGGCUAGCAAAAGCAAUCCCAGCAUGCAAUCAUAUUAUUCACUGGGCGCGUCUUCAGUUGAAGUUCUGUCACAAGAUGUAGGGUGUGGCCGUCUCAUAAGGUGAGGUAAGCAGGAAUCACAUGCCAUCGCUCCACCGCCACGGUAGCGUCAUAACCGCUCCUAGCGUGAUCG